AUGCCCGCCAACUUCCCUCCCAACAUACAGUUUCUCGAGGAAGUGGGCUCCACCAUGGAUGUGGCCCGCACCAUGAAGAUGACGGCUGGCGGGCAACCGUUUGCCCUCGUCGCGGCUGUGCAGACAGCUGGUCGCGGCACAUGCGGUCGCACCUGGACCUCGCCGAAGGGAAACCUCUACAUGACCUUGGGUAUACCUCAGCAAGGCCAACCGCCAUGCUUCAAGGAAGAGCUGGUGCAUGUGCUGCCGCUCAUCUGUGGUCUUGCGUGCCGCCGCGCUGUGCUGGAGGUGCUUCACCUGGACGAGGCGUCGGCAAAGGCAUCGCUCGCUGCGGAGGCGUCCAAGGCGGUGUCGACCAAGUGGCCGAAUGACAUCAUCUACAAGCACAAGAAGAUCGGCGGCAGCCUGAUCGAAGCCGAUGGGGAUUACUUUAUCAUUGGAAUUGGCGUGAACGUCGCCGUGACACCGCAGGUGACGGAUGCAGGACGAGAGGCAACGAUGGUCAAUGCCAUUGCGGAGGAGUUCGGCGUGAAGUCGUGCACCCCGCAGGAUCUCGCGAAAGCCAUCUGGCACCACUUCUUCGACAUCUGCACGUCGCCGGAACAGACACGCGAGUCGGUGAUUGAGAGCUUCGACAAGGUGAUGGACAAGUCGCUGAAGCUGCACAAGCGACUGCCGGGUGGCCGCGAUCCGGAGGAACUGACGGCUGUUUCGCUGAACAGCUGGGGCCAUUUGAGGGUACGCCACGCCGACGGCACCAUGGAGGACUUGGCUGCGGAGUACCUCUUCUGA